CGACAUUCCGGCCGUAGCGGCACUCCGGAUCUCAAGCGGCGAGACGCAGCGUCUUCUGCUCUGCUGCGUGACAAUCGGACUCGACGGCGGAGCGUCCGGACGCGCGAGCUAAUCGGGCAGGUACAGGACCAGGGUAGAACACCGGAGGGUGAAGAGCAUCGCGAGAAAGAGAGAGGAGAAAGACGACGGAUCCUCCGGACGCGAUGUCGCCGUCCCAGGCCGAACUGGACGAAACAGCUGUGGAGAACUUUCGCGAGUACCUGCGAAUUCCGUCCGUGCAGCCGGACAUUAAUUACGAUGCGUGCGUGGAAUUUUAAGAACAAGCGCAAUCGCUCGACUUGCCGAUCAGAAUCUACCAUGUACAUCCUGAAAAACCGAUCGUAGUUCUCACAUGGACAGGAACGCAACCGGAGAAGCCGGCGAUUCUCUUGAAUAGUCACAUGGACGUUGUACCCGUUUUCGAGGACAAAUGGACCUAUCCACCAUUCAGCGCUCACAUGGACGAGCAGGGCAACAUUUAUGCUCGUGGUAGCCAGGACAUGAAAUGCGUUGGGAUACAAUAUUUGGAAGCGAUUCGUAGACUGAAGCUGAAUCGGCAACGCUAUCAACGCACCAUUCACAUCUCUUUUGUGCCGGAUGAAGAAAUUGGCGGUGUUCUCGGGAUGAAAGAUUUCGUGCACACAGCAGACUUCAAAGCUUUGAACGUUGGCUUCUCCUUGGACGAGGGUGUGGCCUGUCCGGAGAAACACUUCUACAUGUUCUACGGAGAGAGAUCGAUCUGGCACGUGGAUAUAAAAUGCGCCGGUAAUACUGGCCACGGCUCUAUUAUGUUGGACAAUACAGCCGCUGAGAAAUUGAGAGUCGUAAUCAACCGUUUCAUGGAAUUCAGAGACGCCGAGAAAGCGAAACUGAAGAAUUCCAAGAAACAACUUGGCGACGUGACGUCUGUGAAUCUUACGAAAAUUUCGGGUGGAGUACAGACUAAUGUUAUACCUGCUGAGCUCUACACUACAUUCGAUAUUCGUAUAACGCCCAGUGUCGAUCACGAAGAAUUUGAAGCUACCAUUAAACGCUGGUGUGAGGAAGCCGGUCCAGACGUGACUUAUUCCUUCGAGGAGAAAAAUCCCAAAGUCGAGAAUACGAAGCUUGAUGAUUCUAAUCCUUUCUGGCUCGCUUUUAAAAAAUGCUGCGACGAAAUAGGUGUCGAGUUGGAAAUUGGUAUCUUCCCUGGAGGCACAGAUAGUCGUUUUGUGCGCGAGGUGGGAAUUCCUGCAAUCUGUUUCUCACCGAUGAACAAGACAAAGAUACUUCUUCACAAUCACGAUGAAUAUUUGAACAAAGACAUAUUUUUGAAAGGAGUAGAAAUAUAUACCAAAAUAAUACCGGCUGUUGCGAAUGCUUAAACCAACAUGCCAUAUAUUAUAUCAUGAAAGUCUAAAGGAUGCCAUAAUUGAAUAUUUAGAGCUAGAGAUAGCUCACUCUGCAAUUCAUCCAAUGAUAGUAGAGAUAGAUAAUAUACCAGUGGUUUUGAGAGCUUGAGAACUCGCAAUAUUAUACGUGCAAUAAUAUACCAAGUCAAUAUAUAUACAUAUAUAGAUAUAUUUUAUAUUGGAUUUAUAUAUACUAAUGUUAUUCAACUUUGAAAGUUUAUGAUUGUUGAAUAUAUUUGUCUUGAGAAGUUGAAUACACAAGCGAAAUAUGAUAUGAGGAAAGAAGAAUAAUGUAAAUCGAUGAAGAGACAAAGGAAUAAGAAUUAAAGAUUAACAAGAUACAAAGAGAUACCAAAUAUGACUGAUGAAGAUAAAUAAAAAGUAACAAUAUCAAGACUACAAACAAUUAUACAGUAUCAAGAUACUAAUAGAAAAUUGGAUGGCCAGAUAAUCAUCGAAUAAGAAGAUCAAACACACAAGUUUUAUUUGCCUAUAUGAAGAUUGAAAUGGAAAACAACGGUGCUAUAAAUAUACAGUUUCCUGUGGGA